CAAUUUUGGUCCAAAUUAAUAACUAUGCUUAUGAUAUCAUCAUAUAUAGGCUACGGGGAUAGUGAGAUUCAAGGAAAUCAAAGACACCUAAAGCCUCAAGCCAGUCCAAACGUUCCCCUGAAGUUGUAAUGGAGCAAAGGAAAGGCCGGAGAUUAAUACUCUUCCCACUUCCCUUGCAAGGCCAUAUGAACCCCAUGCUUGAGCUGGCCAACAUUCUAUACUUCAAAGGCUUCUCCAUAACCAUUAUUCACACCAACUUCAAGUGUCUAAACCCUUCAUCCCAUCCUCACAUCACCUUCCACUUGAUUUCAGCUAACUUAUCUGAGAGCGAGGCUGCUGAAAAGGAUCUCCUCCUCCUCCUUUCUCAUCUCAAUAAAAAGUGUUGCGAACCUUUCAGGAAAUGCUUGGCUACCUUGGUAUCAGAUGUCUCAAAAGAGCCUGUUGUUUGCUUGAUCACUGACCCUGUAUAUGAUUUCACUCAAUCUGUUGCAGAGAGCUUCAAGAUCCCAAGGAUUCUAUUAAGGACCGGUAGUGCCUCUUUCACUGCUAUCAUAUCUGCAUUUCCAGUCUUGCAAGAAAAGGGUUACAUUCCUAAACAAGAUUCUCGACUGGAAGAGCUGGUGACAGAGUUUUCACCUCUCAGAGUUAAAGAUCUUCCCAUGAUCAACAGUUCUGACCCAGAGAGAUUUCUUAAACUAAUAAGCAACCUGACGUCAGAAACUAAGGCAUCUCAAGGGUUUAUUGUCAAUACUUUUGAAGACCUUGAGCAACACGCACUGGCAACACUCCGCAAGGAAUUUCACAUUCCAGUUUUCCCUAUAGGUCCAUUUCAUAAGCGUGUCCCAGCAACUACUUCUGCAAGUACCCUAUCGUCACAAGACUGGAGCUGCAUAUCAUGGCUAAACACUCAAGCAGUCAAAUCUGUUAUCUAUGUUAGUUUCGGGAGCAUUGCCACAUUAGACGAAGCUCUGUUUUUGGAGAUAGCCUGGGGACUAGCCAACAGCAAGCAACCCUUCUUGUGGGUUGUUCGACCUGGAUCAGUCCAUGGGUCAAAUUGGCUUGAACUAUUACCUCAUGGGUAUCUAGAGUCGUUGGAUGGUGGGGGGCACAUUAUUAAAUGGGCUCCUCAAAAAGAAGUGUUGGCUCAUCAAGCAGUUGGUGUGUUUUGGACUCAUAAUGGCUGGAAUUCUACAUUGGAGAGUAUCUGUGAGGGGAUCCCUAUGAUUUGUAUGCCAUGUUCUGCUGAUCAAAUGCUGAAUGCAAGAUAUGUAAGUGAUGUUUGGGAAAUUGGGUUGCAGUUAGAUAAUGGAAUUGAGAGAGGCGAAAUUGUUAGAGCAAUCAAAAUACUAAUGAUGGAGAAAAAAGGGGAACAGAUGAGAAAUAGGUUGUCAAAGCUAAAGGAUAAGGCAAAUCUUUGCCUCAGACAAGACAUCUCUUCCUACCAAUCUUUGAAAGACUUGGUUAACCACAUUUUAUCAUUAGAAAUUUAGAAUCAAUGCUUAUAAGAACUUGAUUGAAAGUCAGUGAUUGUUUAAAAAUCUGUAUGCAGGAUAUCAUUUAAAAUAAAAUUUUGCUGAUCAA